CGACAUUUGGUGUGUGCCACGCAGUCGAACAAUUUCGCCGAGCGGAGCAUGGACAACUUGUUCGACCUGGAGAGCUUCCUGGACGAGCACGAGACGCAGAAGCUAGUGGAGUUCACGCUCAGCAGCCCCGAGAUGACAGGCAAAAAGGAGCAGAAUGAGGCGGAUAAAGACAAGGCCGUCAAGAAAGCUAGCGUGUACUACCGCGAACGACGCAAGAAUGAAGUGGAUUACUUGGUGUCACGGAAGCGAGCGCUGGAGGUAGAGCUACUACAGUUGCAUGAACGCAAGGUGAUCCAAGAAGCCGAAGCGAAGCGCAGGAAGCGCGAGGCUGAGACCCAGGAAAACCUGCUGCGGGAUGCCGAGGACCAGAAUUCGUCGCUGCGAGACAAACUGCUGUCCCAGAUGGAGACACUAAAGCUGCUCGAGUCAUUCUUCAUGAGCCAGUCUGCCCUUUGUGUCUUUGCGCGCAAGCAACCGACGAAUCCGCUCUACUUCCUCCCUAGCGACCCCCAGACCCGUGAGCGCCGCUUCCGCGACACCAUCGCCACGGCCUUGAGCGAAGUCGAUAGCGUCAUGGCGUCCAAGCACCUGUCGCCACCCACGAUGCCAUUGCCACAUACGGAAACCUUUGUGCGUUUUCAGCCGCAAGUGACACACAACUCCAAGAUCGAGAUCGAAGUCAUCCGGGUGGUUGAAUUCCCGGGUUAUUCCGUCGGCCAAGUCAGCGACGCGAUCUGGCGACUCAUCCACUACCAGCUCAAGCAACUCAUGCAUUACGACACCACGGCGCGGUGCGAGGUGCUAGAAGAAGUGGACCCCUAUACAUUCUACUCGCGGUACCAGUGCCAGUUCGCACAGGGCCAGCCCCUGGUCGAAUCGUACUCGAUCUGCCACCGAACCAUGACGUCGGCCGGCAUCACGUUCGUCUACCGGUGCUUCCUCGACGACGAGAGGUACCCCGCAGGCGACAACUUUUCUCGCCAUGACGAAAACGGGUACUUGGUCGUGUAUGCCAACCCCAGCACCAACGUCACGACCGCCAAGAUGGUGUCGCUCCUUCGCCCGUUGGCUAAUGCCGCCAACGCCCCCGUCGGCCUUGUCACGGAGGAAUUCAUGGGUUACCUGCAUGACUCGUCUGAGAUUGGCCUCCGGAUACUCCACGGCAACCUCCACGACCUAGGUGGCACCGCGUCGUGAGAUUUGAUUGGUGGAUUGGUAGCCGCGAAAUGUAUCAUACAAAACCUAAGUGUUUUCCAUUCGAGU